CAGAUAUGACAUCAUCCUCACGUCAAGGCUCAUCUGUCAGAUCAAUUUUGAGUAGCCAGAUCCUAGUACUAUUGAAAUGCUUUUUCUCGUUGAAUUGGUCACAUUCAACUGAAUUGGAGAUUGUACUUUGCCGAGGAUGUUUGAUAAUUGCUUCGGAAAUGGACCGUUUCUGUUCAGACUGAAUGACAACGGAUCUGGACCAAACUUAUUGAGCCAGGUGUGCUUGGAACGCGGUUGGAGAGAGUACUCCUCGGAGAACGGAGAAGAGAACUGGAAUCUAUGGUGGAAAACUAACAGUUUCACUGCAGCUCUCACGAAAUCGCUCUCAGCAUGGCAGUUCACCAACCACAUUCCGAAGGGUUCAGCCAUAUGCAGGAAGGAUAAUUUAGUGAGAUAUUUGAGGUGCAUGAAGAGCGUGUAUGGUUCGAUAUAUGAUUUCAGUCCUGACGGCUAUAACCUACCCUUGGAGUACACGAAACUAGCAGCAGAAUGUAACAGAAGGAAAAUAAUACCUUACGAAAAGGCUUGCGAUAAAUACCUCGACGAUAAGCCUAUAUGGAUAUGCAAACCGGUCUCUAAGAGCCAGGGCAGGGGUAUUUUCUUAUUUCGCAGAUUGAGCGAGCUGAAUUACGACAACAACACCAUCGUCCAGAAGUACAUCGAGAAACCGCUCCUGAUCGGAGGCUACAAGUUCGAUCUGAGGCUGUACGUCUGCAUACCGUCCUACCACCCGAUGACCAUCUACAUGUACAAGGAGGGCUUGGCUAGGUUCGGCACGGACAAGUUCAACCUGAAAGACCUGACGAACCCGUUCCGACAUCUGACCAACUGUUCCAUCAACAAGCUGGGACCGAACUACACGGAAAUGAAGGAUAGGAUCGGUGCUGGAUGCAAAUGGACCUUGAAACACCUCAGGAGGUACUUCUUACAAGCCGGCAUCCACGACUGGCUCCUGUGGCAGAAGGUUUCGAACCUCGUCAUACUCACCGUGCUUAGCCACGCCACCCAGGUACCGGAGACGGUGAAUUGCUUCGAUUUCUUCGGCUUCGACGUGCUGAUUGAUGAAGAUCUGAGGCCCUGGCUGCUGGAGGUGAAUCUGAGCCCAGCGCUGAGCAACGACUGCGACGCCGACAGAGCAGUGAAAAAACCCAUGUUGCACGAUAUGUUCGAUCUCCUGGGUCUACCAAUAAACAACACGGGACUCGGUUCGUUCGAUCUGUGGUACGGCACUGAACAAGGGUCAGAGGCGGAGGAAGGGGACGAUAAGUCGGAAGAUUUCUCGAAAAUCAAGCGGGCUUCCAGGACGGACAUUUCGAAAAAAAGGAAGAAGAAGAACGCGAGGAAGGCCAGAUUUAAGGGGACCAAUAACGCGACUAAAGUUAGCGCAAGUCUGAACGAGUCUUUCUCCAAGAAACCGUUGAACCUGGCCAGGCAAACAAUAAUCCUGGACAGCCAGAAAAUGCGAGACGAAGAAUGGAAGAAAUCCAAAUUGAAGACGUGGGGUAACGGCAAGGAUUGGACCUAUCCGAAACAAUACGAGGGCGAUUGGAUAAGAAUUUGGCCCUUGAAACCGGUUUCGAAUUCCAUAAGGCAGUACAUGGAACCGUUGAAGGAAGUGAGAAACGUCGUUAUGGAGGUCUCCAAGUACUCCAAGCUAGCGAGAGAACUAACCAGAAAACACCCAAACGCCUGUGAUAAAUUCCUGAACCAGCGUCUGUCCGAGGCAAUGAACACAACCGGAGAAAUAUGGUUGCCUCCACUCUGAUACGAAAUUCGUAUAUUCCGCUACCAUUACCAAACUGCCUUUUUCGCCAAAUUUCAUCAGCUUCGUUUACGUAUUUACCUAUACAACGCUUCGAAUUCUAGGGACCCAUCUCAAAAUGAAGAUCUUCCCUGUAAUUUUAUACAUAUAAAGAGGUUUUUGACUCA